AUGGGAAGCGGUCUACCCACCCCUCCAUUGGAGGAACAGAAGUCCAGAAAGAGCUCGUCGAGCUCCAAGUCAAUCAAGCCCAACCGCCACACCGCGAAACGCGCCAGCCCUCACAACGCAACAGCUCACCAUGACCACUCCGCAGCAGGCAUGUCUACCGAUGGUCGUCAUAAGAGAGUGUGGAAGGCUUGUGAGAGGUGUCGAAUGAAGAAGACCAAGUGUGACGGAGAGUUCCCUUGCAAGAGAUGUAAAGACGACGGCCUUGUCUGCACCGCCGGCGUUCGCAAGAAGACGGAGUACAAGCAGUUGCCGCGCGGAUACGCCGAGGUCCUCGAGCACACCCAAUUCGCCCUCAUUGCCACCGUUCACAAGCUCUACGCCAUGGUCAGGAAUAACCAGCAAUGGGACCUAGGUGAGCCCGAGCUCAACGACAGAGGCCAGCCCGUCAUCCACAACAUCGCCCAGAAGCUUGGCUGCAUCCGCCCCAACAGCGACAUCGACCUCCCCGUGCACUCUGUAUUCCCAGAGGACGAGGCAGGGCUGGCUGAGCUGGCGAGGCAACUGGAGGAGCAGCAGAAGGAGCGUGAGGCCGACAAGGCGGCGCUGAAGGUUGAGGUCGACUCGGCUUCGAGUUGCGAGCGAUCCGACCGCGCCAGCUCUUCAGAGCUUGACCACUCCGAAUUUGAGGCCGACUACCGCAAGGCCGUCUUCGGCGCCCACAACAACACCAACGCCAACCCGAUGACCAUGUCCCCGCAGAGCUUCUCAACAGGAUACACCGAGUUCGAUGUCGACUCGGUAGCGUCGCCCAUCGACCCCACCGCCGCCAUGUUCCACAACCAGUCCCCAAGUAUCAACACCUACCCGCAAUGGACCAUGCCCAGACAAGCAGCACCGCCACCCAUCGACCUUAGCCAGCAAUUCUUCCAGCACAACAACGCCCUCACGAGCAUGGACAUGCUCAACCAAGGUCUCAUCGAAUCCGAAUUUGGCACUAUCAAGCCCCACGUGCUCUCAUGUCCGAACCCUGAGGUGAUGAUGGGUAUGGGCGACCCAAUGAUCUACGGGGGCUACGACGGCGAGCCAAUGCGAUUGUAA